UCCUGCGCGCGAUCCAGCAGCAACCUCCACAUCAUCGCGACGAUCCCCCGAGGCGCGAACCACGCCAGGACGCAGAUCGCACACCAUCCCCAGGGCGUGAGGAUCGACGCGAGCAACGGCGCGCGCACGAACAGGACGAGGACCGGCGACGCGAGGGUCACAAACACGAGGAGGAUUUCGAUCAGCGGUCGCAGGCGUCCACCUACCGUGAACGACCGAAGCCUGAUAAGCCGAGAUUCGUGAUGUCCAUCUUCACAAGUAGUGAUCCCGAGGCGUGGCUCAACCGAAUUGCACAAUAUUUCGAACUAAGUGAAACCGAAGGCCACGAUCGAGUGAGGUACGCAACAUUCUAUUUGGACGGAGAGGCCAACGUAUGGUGGCAGUGGCUAUCAAGGAUCUACC